AACAUUGUAUAGAUUUUGAACCAGAAAAAGACAUCAAUUACAUAGUGGAUCAAAUUAAAAAUGACAAAAAUUGUACAUUUCCGGAAGUUGAACGUAAUUGGAAGGCAACAACAAAGUUUAGGUUAAACGAAAUUCAAAAAGCAACUUCAACAAGUGACAUAAUUAGUGACUGGAAUAGUUUUAAAUUACCUCUUGGAUACCGACUUGUUGAUAUUGACUUCAAAACAUUAUAUCCAGACUGUCAGGACUUGAUGACCACAUUUGAGGAAAAAUCCAAACAAAUAAUGAACUUGAUUGAUGAGAAAAUCAAAGAUUCUUCAAGCCGCAAAUUAUUAGAAAGUAUAAAGGAUACUCCAGACAUAAGUCAAAAUGAAACGAAUACAGUUAUGUUUUAUUUAUUACAUGCCAUUUUUGUGCCGACAUCUAAAAAAGUCACCAGAGAUCAUAAUGGCAAAAUAAACCAAGUGAAACACUCUAUUAAAGAUUCACAAAAUAGCUUCAUGAUUUUUAAGAAUUCGGUUUGUGAAAUUGAGGAAUACAUCACUCUACGGCGCAAUGAAAACAAUCCUAUUCAACCGUUUAUCUUAAUAGUUGGUUCACCAACACAUCCAAAAGAAACAAUUGUUUUCUUUGAUUCUAUAAAAUAUAAAGUGUUCUCAAUAAUUAAUGCGAUUGAUGUACUUAUGUUUCAAAUUGAUUCAUUUGUUUAACUUAGAGUAUCCAAUUGAAUCCUCUAUUACUUGGUUAUUUAUUCAAAAAUAUUUAUACAAUUUAAACACAAAAUUUGAUAAACCGUGUCAUACUCUUGGACAAAUAUUAUCCGAUUUAAGACAAAAUUAAUUAUUUUUUUGUAACUAGUAUUACUCAUUAAUUAAUAAUUAUCCUACUCUUUUUCUAAUAUAAAUUUGUUAAGUUCUAAAUAUAUGGAAAUAUAAUAUUAUAACUAGGUAUCAUUUUUAGUCAUUUGUUCAGAAACUUUUUAUUCACACAAAAUAUAUGU